GAUCAGUCCACUGAUCGAAAAUGGCGCCUCAAUCAACUGGGCUGCCACGUAAUGUUGUGUGUCGCGUCGACGAGAUACGUCUCUUCGACAAUUAACGGCGAAUUACACCGUAAAAAGUGCAAUGCACGUCUCAUGGUGCAGUGAGGUCUAAACUUUUGUUCAUAUUCGCCGUGGUAACCUCGUCCAAAAGUGACGCUUGGAAGUCAACGAUAUGUCUCAACCAACAGACUAUCAAUACCAUACAUAUGGUAAUGGGGGUAACGUAAAAAGUGGCCCCCCUCAAAUGGUAAAUGGACAGGCAAGUGUGGCACAUCAUAAUGGCAUGCAAUCAACAAAUUAUAACUUUACUGGUACUCCAUCAUCACAAUCAUCACGAGAUCCAUCUAGGGAAACCUCAAGAGAUCCGUCACCAACUCCAUAUCUUCAUAACCAAUACAGGACACCUUUACAACGGCCACCAAUGCCUCCAGUGAAUGGUCAACAAAAUUCAAUGAAUCCUUCAACUAAUCCAAUGAAUGUAAUGCCACCACCACCACCACUACCAGUGAGGUUACCUCAAGUUCAGCAACAACCACCAAUGUAUAAUGUUCAGAAUCAGUUCCAAGUCCUAGUUACAAAAAAUCAAGCUCCUCCAAGAGAUGAAUCAAUAAAUUCACAAGUAAAUUCACAAGUAGAGCCUCCACAAAUAAUGCCUGCUUUUGAUCAAAAUUUAUCCCAGAAUUCAGGGCUGGAUCCUAAACCUUAUAAGCCUGAUAAUCUAAAUACUGUACAAGGUACACAAACAUUUGUACAGCAACAAGAACAAAAUGUAAUUCCUACUAGUACACAACAACCUAGAGGACAAAACAUGUACCAACAAAAUUUCGGAGGACAAAGAAUAUAUCCAAAAAAUGCGUAUAGCGUACCACAUCCCGCGACUGUACCAAAUACAAUGCCAUAUGGUAUGCCUGGUAGUGGACAAGUUCAAACAAAGGUUCCAACUUCAACAACAGGAUAUCCUGGACAAAGAAUGUAUCCAAGUCAACCACCAAAUCCAAUGAAUAUGCCACCAGAUUCAAUGAAUAAACGAUAUCCAGACUCAUAUCCUGAUCAAAUGAAUCAGUUGAACAACCAAAUGAAUAUGAUGUCUGUUGCACAACUUGGCUAUAAUAAACUAUGGGGAAUGGAGAUCAUGGACCUUCUACAGUGCAGAAAUGUUCUACCUGCAGAAAAAGUAGAACCACCAAAGAUAAAACUUCACCAAGAAUUUUUAGAAAGUGUUAAUUGUAGUCCAGAUAUUUUCCGCUGCACGAUCACGAAGAUUCCAGAAUCAAAUUCCUUACUGCAGAAGUCGAGGUUGCCUUUGGGUGUUUUAAUACAUCCUUUCAAAGACUUAAAUCAUUUGCCAGUAAUACAAUGCAGCACAAUAGUUCGAUGUCGUGCUUGUAGAACAUAUAUUAAUCCAUUUGUGUACUUCAAUGAUUCAAAAAGAUGGAAAUGUAAUCUUUGUUACAGAGUAAAUGAAUUGCCAGAAGAAUUUCAGUUUGAUCCUGUAACAAAAUCAUAUGGGGAUCCAUCUAGAAGACCAGAAGUAAAAACUAGUACAAUUGAAUUUAUUGCACCUAGUGAAUAUAUGCUGCGUCCACCACAGCCAGCUGUGUAUCUGUUUGUUUUGGACGUUUCGAGACUGGCAGUAGAGAGCGGUUAUCUGAGCAUAGUGUGCAACGUAAUUUCAGAGGAAUUAUCAAGGCUGCCAGGCGAUGCUAGAACACAAAUUGGAUUUUUGGCAGUAGAUUCUGCAAUACAUUUCUUUGGCAUACCUGAUAAUGUAUCACAACCUCAGGAAAUGAUUAUGCUCGAUAUAGAUGAUGUAUUUCUUCCAUGUCCGGAAAAUCUAAUUGUUAAUUUAAAAGAACGGGAAGAAUUAGUAAGAGAUUUAUUGGUCCAAUUACCUACAAAAUUUCAAGGAACUCAUGAUACGAAUAACGCGUUAGGCGCAGCAUUGCAAGCUGCUUACAAACUUAUGUCACCGACUGGUGGACGUGUGACCAUCUUCCAAACCUGCUUGCCAAAUUUAGGUCCAGGACUUUUACAAGCCAGGGAAGAUCCAAACAGUAGAGCGAGUAAAGAUGUACCACAUUUGAAUCCAAUUACAGAUUUUUACAAAAGAUUAGCAUUAGAUUGCAGUGGUCAGCAAAUUGCAGUCGAUCUAUUUCUAUUAAAUAGUCAAUACUGUGACUUAGCUACUCUUUCGGGCAUGUGUAAAUUCUCUGGAGGUUGCAUAUAUCAUCUUCCUUUAUUUCGUGGCUCAAAAUCGCAACAUACAGAAACUCUCGAUAGAAUACUGAGACGUUACCUUACUAGAAAGAUCGGUUUCGAAGCGGUGAUGAGAAUACGAUGUACACGUGGAUUGAGUAUUCAUACUUUCCAUGGAAACUUCUUUGUGAGAUCAACUGAUCUUCUUAGUUUGCCUAACGUUAAUCCAGAUGCUGGUUUUGGAAUGCAAAUCGCUAUAGAAGAAAAUCUUUCAGAUGUGCAAAAUGUCUGUUUCCAGGCAGCUUUACUUUAUACGUCCAGUAAAGGUGAAAGAAGAAUUAGGGUGCAUACAUUGUGCCUACCAGUAGUGUCUACUUUAUCCGAUGUCCUUCAUUCCGCUGAUCAACAAUGCAUAGUGGGCCUACUUUCUAAAAUGGCCGUAGACAGGUCUCAGCAGUCCUCUUUAUCCGAUGCAAGAGAUGCUUUAAUAAACGUAGCCAUAGACGUAUUAACAGCCUACAAAUUGUCUCAAUCAGCGGCCUCCGGUGGACUUCUUGCUCCAGGAAGUUUAAAACUACUGCCUCUUUAUAUUAUUGCUCUGCUCAAAUGUGUUGCCUUCAGGUCAGGAACGAAUACAAGACUUGAUGAUCGAGUCUUUGCAAUGUGCCAGUUGAAAACUCUGCCACUCUUUCAAUUAAUUCAGAUGAUUUAUCCAGACCUUUAUCCUGUUCAUGCGCUUGAAGAUCGGAAUGCAAAAGAUAUUGACGGGAAACUAUGUCCACAACCACCUAGACUGCACCUUUCUGCUGAGAAACUUGACUCUAGAGGUGCAUUCUUGAUGGACGCUGGUGAUCGAAUGUUUAUUCUGAUUGGUAAAAACAUUCAUCCUUCUUUCUGUUGCAAUGUGCUUGGGGUUUCUGCUUUUCCGUCGAUACCGGAAGAACUCUAUGAGUUACCGGAGAUCGAGACAAUAGAAAGUGAAAGGUUACGCAAUUUUGUAUUUAGUUUGCAAGAAGAAAAGCCUUAUCCUGCUUCUGUACAAAUUAUUCGGGAUGACAGUCAUUUCAGGACGCUCUUUGUUGAACGAUUAGUUGAAGACCGUUUUGAGAAUUCUCUGAGUUACUACGAAUUCUUGCAACAUCUUAAGACUCAAGUGAAAUAAUAAUAAAAGAAAUAAUUUGGGAUUAAAUGGAAACAAACAAACUG